AGGGCCUCCUCCGCCACCUGGGAACACUCACUUCCCGACACCUGCCAGGGCAGAGUGAGGGGAACGGAACUCCUCAGAAAUGGCCUCUGUUCCUUCUUUGGGGGUUUGUUCCCAAGGCGCGUUUUGAAAUGCCCGCCCCUUUGAGGGCUGUGGCGUUUGGCAGUGAUGGCUUCAGCCAGUGAUUUCUUGACCCUGUCCAAUAUUCUCUUUCACAGUUGCUUGGCUCCCGCUGUGGACAUGACCCCUUAGCCUGCGUUCUAUGAGUCCCCGUGCGUGAUGGAGGCGACUGUGGGGGUUCAGAUGGAUCAGCCAUUGGCCUUUAGUUCCCCGCGUGACCCGCUUCAGACUGAUGGCUUGAAAAAACAUGAGCAGAAUUUUAAACUCCCAGGUGUUAAAAAAGAUAUUGAGAAGCUUUAUGAAGCUGUUCCACAACUUGGUAAUGUGUUUAAGAUUAAGGACAAAAUUGGAGAAGGCACUUUCAGCUCUGUUUAUUUGGCUACAGCACAGUUACAAGUAGGACCUGAAGAAAAAAUUGCUCUGAAACACUUAAUUCCAACAAGUCAUCCUAUAAGAAUUGCAGCUGAGCUUCAGUGUCUAACUGUGGCUGGGGGGCAAGACAACGUCAUGGGAGUUAAAUACUGCUUUAGGAAAAAUGAUCAUGUGGUUAUUGCUAUGCCAUACCUGGAGCAUGAGUCUUUUUUGGACAUUUUGAAUUCUCUUUCCUUUCAAGAAGUGCGGGAAUAUAUGUUUAAUCUGUUCAAGGCUUUGAAACGCAUUCAUCAGUUUGGUAUUGUUCACCGUGAUGUUAAGCCCAGCAAUUUUUUAUAUAAUAGACGUCUGAAAAAGUACGCUUUGGUAGAUUUUGGUUUGGCCCAAGGAACCCAUGAUACAAAAAUAGAGCUUCUCAAAUUUGUCCAGUCUGAAACGCAGCAGGAAAGUUGCACCCAGAACAAGUCUCAUGUAAUAAUGGGAAACAAGAUUUCAUUGAGUGGCCCAGCAUCUAAGGAACUGGAUCAGCGGUCCCCCACAAAAACAUCUGUCAAAAGACCCUACACAAAUGCACAAAUUCAAAUUAAACAAGGGAAAGAUGGAAAGGAGGGAUCUGUAGGCCUUUCUGUCCAGCGCUCUGUUUUUGGAGAAAGAAAUUUCAAUAUACACAGCUCCAUUUCACAUGAGAGCCCUGCAGUGAAACUUAUAAAACAGUCAAAAACUGUGGAUGUACUGUCAAGAAAGUUAGCAACAAAAAAGAAGACUGUUUCCACGAAAGUUAUAACCAGUGGUGUGGUGAGGAAAACUGGCAGUUCUUGCCCAGCCGCCCUGACAUGUGACUGCUAUGCAACAGAUAAAGUGUGCAGUAUUUGCCUUUCAAGGCGUCAGCAGGUUGCACCAAGGGCAGGUACACCAGGAUUCAGAGCUCCUGAGGUCUUGACCAAAUGCCCUAAUCAAACUACAGCAAUUGACAUGUGGUCUGCAGGUGUCAUAUUCCUUUCUUUGCUUAGUGGACGAUAUCCAUUUUAUAAAGCAAGUGAUGAUUUAACGGCUUUGGCUCAAAUUAUGACAAUUCGGGGAUCCAGGGAAACUAUCCAGGCUGCUAAAACGUUUGGCAAGUCAAUAUUAUGUAGCAAAGAAGUCCCAGCACAGGACUUGAGAAAACUCUGUGAGAGACUCAGAGGUAUAGAUUCUCAUACCUCCAAACCAACCAGUGCCACACAAAGCCCUACUUCUCCUGACAAGAUCUCAGAGAAGACGGACCAUGAAACUUCUUACCUCAUACAAACACCUCUGGCAGAGUCCUCAGGGAAUGGAUUGUGUAAAAGGGACAGUAAUGGCUGCGGGAGUCUUUUUGAUGAGUGUGCAACCAAUUUAGAAGGUUGGGAUGAGGUUCCUGAUGAAGCUUAUGACCUGCUUGAUAAACUUCUCGAUCUAAAUCCAGCUUCAAGAAUAACAGCCGAAGAAGCUUUGUUGCAUCCAUUUUUUAAAGAUAUGAGUUUGUGAUUAUGGAUCUUCAUUUAGUGUUAAUAUUGUGUGUUAGGUAAAAAUGAGUUCUUUGUAAAUAGCCCUUAUGUCCUUGUUUACAGUCUAACACAGGACAAGUAAUUUAUUUUAAAAUUUAGUAUUUACUCUGGUGGCAGAUAUAUGAAAUACAGGUUAAAAUUACUUAAAAUGCCUGGGAUAAUUUUUAGACCAACAAAAUAAUCUUCAAGUUCAAUCCACUCAAGUAGAGUCGGAUCUUUAGUGUAUGUUUACUUUUCACUGCCAUUUGCAGACACAAGAACAGUUUUAGCCUAGUAUGUGAGAGUGUAAGACAGAGUUGUUAAGCAUAAUAGCAAUUAAUUGAGUUGGAACACAUAGUUCACUGAGUUCUUAUGUGAGCCAUGUGUACUUCGUGCUCUUAAAUGUGUACUGGUGCUCUUAAAAUUUUAUAGUGAAGAUAAUUCCGUUUUGUAUAAGCAUAUUAUACCUUUUAAGAACACUGAGAUGUUGGUCAUGGGGCAAGGUAUUUAAAUUGAAUUUGCUCACAUUUUGAAAGUCAUAGAAACGUUUUUGUCUUAAUUGUGAUAUUAAUUUUUCUUCUGACACUUUCUGCUUGGAAAUUAUAUGGUGCUUACUACUUUAUUAGAUGCUACAUGCAUUUAUAGCCAGGAAUUUAUAGCAAUGCGUAUCUUAGAUAAGGAAAAACUAUAGGACAAAGGUGAAGAUUGAGAGUCCAGAAUACUUUUUUUUUUCCUUUUUGCUUUGUAUAUGUUUUUCACAUGAUCUUAAAAAUAAUUAGGUAGCUCCCCCCCACCAAAAGGAAAAAAGAGAGAGAGAGAGCAAACAUGUGGGUUUAUUGGAGAUGUCUCUGGAGAGCUGUCUGUAGCACUGACAAACGGUGUUGACUAAUUUGGUCCUGCUCGGAGAAUGGUUACUAGAGCCUUAGUGUUAGAGGAAGAGGGAGAAUGAAGUAAACAAAGUAGAAAAGGAUCUCAGGCCAGGGGGUUAUGUGUUACUCGCAUUGCAGAUUGAUCCAAGACACAGCAUGUCACACACCAUCUGAAGUCAGGGGAAGGAGUGGAUCUGCUGACCAGUUUCCCUUUUAGUAGUCUUAGAAUGUGGAAAUAGCUUAGAGACAGAUGUAUUUUGUUUGAGCAUUGUUAGGUCGGUGUAUUUACCUGGUCUACUUGGGAAUUAAUAGUGUUUAUAUAAGCCAUUACUAUAAAUCUGCUGUCUUAAAUUCUUAAAAAACCUGAAUAUUCUUGAAUUUGCAUGUUCAGUAAAGUUAUCCUUUUAUA